UGUUUACAGACAGUCGUCAAAAUGUAAUGUACAAAUAUCAGCUGCUUUUACAUUAAACACAGGAUUUACAUUUAACAGUAUAACAUGAGUGCGUGUAGGGGAGAAGCACAGAGCAAAUAAGACUUCAAGAAAUCAGCAUUUAUUUGGACUCAGAUUCUGUGGUUUUGAUGUUGUUUGAUGUGAUUUGAAGAUGUGAACCAAGAAGUUCUCAGAGGGCAAAGUCUUCUGUAAAACUGCUCACUGCAAAGUCACAGUGUGGUGUAACAUGGCACCUGCAAGUUGUGUCUUAAUGUGAGAAGUCAAACAUGGAUGAAGCAGAAGAUUUAGAGACACUUGGUGAGAAGCUGUAUAAUCUGAUUCUCCCCAAACACAAAGAAAAUGCUGGAAAACUCACAGGUAUGCUGCUGGAACUGCCAGGUCCUGUCCUCAGUCAGAUGCUGCAGGACAAGGCCAUGCUGACAGCAGCUCUGGAGAAAGCCCUCCGAGCCCUGCAGCUGGCACAGGACCCCAGCAAAGGAACAUGUAAGGACGAGGAUGACAUGUCUGCAUCCUCUGACUCUCUGGGGGAGCAGCUGUUUGAGCUGGUGGAUGUUUACAACACCGGCUAUUCACAGAAAAUCACAGGAAUGCUUCUGGAGCAGCACAAAGAUGCAGUUUCAAACCUUCUUUCAGAUCCAAAACUGUUGGAAGAGCAGGUGAACUUCGCCCUGAAGACACUUAAAGAACAGAACAUGGAGGAGACGGACAUAAGUGACACUUCGGACGCUGAUGACACAGAGAGGCUCGGAGAAAAAAUCUUCUCACUGGUGGAAGAGAUGGAUCCACUUCAUGCAAAUGAUAUUACAGGUAUGCUACUGGAGAUGGAACCAGCUGCUCUCCAACAGCUGAUCAGUGACCACACGAUGCUGGAAGUCGCUGUUCAGAAAGCACAAGCAGCACUGGACACUCAGAAUCAACCUCUCUCUACGUGAACAGGAGAGGAAAACAACAUUUUACACGCAGAAUAGGAAAUUAAUAAAUUAAUGACUUUGAAUAACUUAAAUAAUAUAACGCUGGGAUGAGUUGGCACGUCACACAAGGAGAUCAUACAAGUCGCCUGUAUAAGCUAUCUGUGUUUUAUACUGAUUGUUGAGCAAACUGCAGAGAGUUUGACUAGACUUACUGCAAAUAGCUGAAGAGUUUAGUAAGCCCAAAUUGAUAUUGCCACUUUCUAAUACGGGUUUUCACUUUGCUAACACACGAUAGUCUUUCUCAGAUAAAUGGACUGAACAUAAGUGCCAGUGUCUAAUGAAAAAUAUUUAUUAAUCAGUAUGUCUCACCUCGGAGACAAACUUCCACAAAAGGACGCUGGAAUCAUUGUUGUUUGAUGCAUGUAUGGAUAACUGGACAAAUCUAAUGUCUCCAAGGGGCCCAAAGUGUGCAGGGCCUUGACCUGAAAAAUGUCCCGAGAAGAGACGCGUAGCAAACCAGUAAGAGCCUCAAAACGACUACAAGAAAACGUCAAAUGAAUUACAAAGAGACCAAACCAACAGCUGCAAAGAGAUUUAGGACCAUGAAAGACAACCACAAAGAUACUCUAAAUGACUACAAAGACACACAAAAUGACCACAAUGAGACACAAAACAACAGACGAAAAAGGUUAAAAUACAAAAAGACCAAAACAAUGACAAAGUGACAUAAAACACAAACUACAAAUAGAUGCAACAUGACCAUAAAGAGAAACAAAACAAUGACAAGAGGCUAAACACCUAUAAAGUAUCUAUGUAGGAAAGAUGGUGGCGCAUUUGCAUGUCUGUGCCCAGGAAUCCAUUGUCUCAUUGAUGAAUAUGUUUACAGAAAGAAUGAUGUAAGUGUUGCCAACAGUCAUACACAACAAUAUAUUUGAUAUUGUUUUGUAUUUUAAAUGAUGAUGUAAGUGUAAGUUGUUGAUAUGUCUUUGCCAUUGGAAAAAUACAGCAGAUUAUAUAUAAACAAUGGACUUGAAGUUGAAAUAUCUCAAAUAGGUCAAAACAAUUUGUUAACAUGACACAUGCUUAUAUUUAAGUGGCUGCACACGCACAAGGUAGCGGUUAAGGAGCUGGCGGUUAUGAUAAUGGUGCUAACGCUGCCGUGAAGUUGUGAGAAGUUGAGCACAGCGCCAGCUAAUACAACUUUGUUUGUUGUAAACAAAAAAACAGAGAAACUCUGAUUUAAACACACAUGAAGGGGUCUGACUUCAUUCUUUGUCCAGGGCACCAUUAUCCCACCAUAUUUUUUACAUAGUAACGUUAACAUAACAGGAUGACAACGGCGGACAGGUAAGCCAACAGCUAACAAUUGCUCGUAAACACAACAGUUUCUAAGAUUACUAUACUGUAAGCAGGUAUCAAAAUGUAUGACCCUGUGUAUUUAUGUUAAAGCAUUUACCAGUGAAAAAGACAAUAAC